AGCGUUCUGUCGAGAGCGCGCAAACCAUCUUCAAGAACUUCCGAGGAGCGAGAAACACAUCAGACUCUCCACGCGCUCCUGCACCAGCCGGACAAUCUGAAGAUGAGCACAACACAUCUGCUAACCUUUCCCGCUCUUCUCAUGCUGCUCUACAUUCCUAGCUCAGAUCCUGUUACUGUCACUACAAGUAAAGCAAAAGUGGAGGUACAUGAAAACACAAAUGCUGUCCUUUCCUGUGAGUUCAGGACAGAGAAAGAAACGAACCCACGUGUUGAAUGGAAGAAGAGAGGCAAAGAUGUUUCAUAUGUUUAUUUUGAUGGUGAUUUUACAGGUUCAUUUAAGGGUCGUGCGUCCAUCGACGGGGCGACAAUGACCCUCCGUGGUGUUACACAGAAAGACUCAGGAGUGUAUCAAUGCGAAGUCACAGCCCGCCAAGACAAAAUCAAGCUGGGGGAGGUCAUCGUCACCCUCAAUGUGCUUGUGCCGCCACAUGCGCCAUCAUGUGAGGUCCCAGAAAAAGUCAUGAAAGGAUUUUCUGCAGAGCUCCACUGUAAAGACAAACUGAGCGUUCCUGCUGCCACCUACAGCUGGUACAAAGACAACAAACCGCUUUACACUGGCAAUCACCAGGAAAUCCACUACACCCUGGACCCCAAAACAGGGACUUUGAAAUUCAAGACGGUAUCAGAAUCUGAUGAGGGUCAGUAUCGAUGUGAGGCCUCCAAUGGAGUGGGGGCACCUAAAAGCUGUGCAGGCCGGCAUAUGAAGAUAACUGAAUUUGAGCUCAACAUGACAAUAGUCAUAGCAUUAGAAGUGGCAGCGCUCCUGUUGCUUCUCUCGUGCUGUGUGGCCAUCUGUCUGUGCUGCAGACGAGGGUGCUGUCCAUGCUGCCGUAAGAGUAAAGCAGAGACAAAACAAAGAACAAAGACCAACUAUAACCCUCCAACAGAUCCGAGACACUACAAACAUACACAAUCCUUUGUGCUUUGAAGAGUGUGCGCAUUUUGGACAGCACCAUGCUGACAGAAGUAAAUUAAAGUGACCUCAAAUGGCUAGAGAAUGAAAUAUUUCAUCAAAUACGCCUCUGUAUAUCUUAUUUGCUCAUAUGGGCUAUGAGCAGAAAACACACGCCCCCUGGUGGUGUGGUCUGAUUACAGCUGAACAAUCCACAACAGACUUAAAGGGUUAGUUCACCCAAAAAUAAAAAAUUCUGUCAUUAAUUACUCACCCUCAUGUCGUUCCACACCUGUAAGACC